GCUGCCUCUCUCCGCCUGGGCGAGCCUACACGCGGAGCCUCGAGCGGCUGAUUUGCCAGGCGGAACCAGCCUCAACUCAAGUAGUCACCAGGCAGCCAAGGUCCUCUCAUUGGGGUUUCAGAGCUUCAGUUCUCCGCUGUUUUUGCCUUCUCUUCCAGUCUUAGAACAGUCCAUUAGGUACGAAGAAGCUUUACUUCUGUAGACAGUACCCUCCACCCGAUUCGUGUCGCGAAAAGUCCGCCUGUCAUGCCGAAGGCAGCCAAGGGCAAGGAAAAGGGCGGGAAGAAGAAGAAGGACCCGAACGCUCCGAAGCGGCCGUUGGCUCCAUACAUGUUCUACUGCAAAGAGCAAAGAGAAGUCGUGAAGGCCAACAACCCAGACGUUUCCUUCGGAGAGCUCGGGAAGAUUUUGGGAGCUCAAUGGAAGGAGUUGGACGACAAGGAGAAGAGGCCAUACAUGAAGAUGGCGGAGGACGACAAGAAAAGAUAUCAAGACGAGAUUGAGAGCCUUGAACCGGCAGACGACGAGUGAAGGCUUCAAACAGACGCGGCGCGUCCUAUGAAGUUUUUCUGUCUAUAAGAGCUGGCGUUCUUCAACUAAACGCUGAGGUGUACCUGCGUUUUCUGAAGAGUGCUGGAGCUCUCAAGGCCAACCAAAUUAGCUUUGUUGACUGGUUUUUGUUUUUGUUUUCUAUAUAGACUAGCCUGCUCAUGUCUAACACCAUUGUGUCUUGAAUUUACUAGUGGAUGUCUCCAUUCAUACCGCUAUUAAGACAUUUAUUUC